AUGACGGGAAGAAUAUCUUUAGUCGAGCAAAAAAGACUGCAGUGGGCAAAAGAACGAGAAGAAAUGGCUAGAUUAAAUGAGCACUGGAAUGCCUCAAAGCCAUCGAAUCCAAUUUACUCAGUAAUUCGCUCGAGAAUGUCGACCCGUGACUACCAGAGUACUAGUAGCAGUAGAAAGCCUCUCCGUCCUUGUGAGCACUACGGUAGUGCUGCAAGUUUGAAAAGUAUCGACACUGCAUCAACGAGCUUAAGAAGUUUAAACUUUCCCAAUAGUGGUAGUAUGAUAAAUAUUGUUGAUUGCACAGAACUGCCAGAGUCGAUGCGAAGACGAAGUCCUAGCUUGCCGCCAAUAUAUUCCAAAGAACAUCAUCAACAUCAACACGCAUAUAAAUCACAGGAACUUCCUAAUCUAGAAAUAGAAGGUUCUCGGCUUAUAAAUCAACCACGAGCACAAAAACAUUCAAACAACGAAGUAGAACGUGACAUUUUAAUUCGUAAUACGUACGAAGAACGUGAAGGCGAAACUUCUGGUUAUGCCAGUGACUCCAUUGAACCGACUAUUAUUCAAACUGCCGAAGUGAAAAGAUUACUUCCAUUAGAAAAAUCACAAGGGGAUAUUGAAAUGUCUGAAAGACUUUGGCAAAAUUCUUAUUAUAAUUCGCCAGAUCCUUCACUGCCACCAUCGCGAAAAUUCGCCAGCUCUCGUUUAGGUGAGCUUAAUAGACCCCGAUGGGGAAGUAUUUGGAAUCAAGAUAAUACACGAAAUGACUUGCCGCCGCCCUCAUGGUUAGAGCGAGGGCUAUCUCGUCUAGAUCACUCUAGCCAGGUCUUAGUAAUUAAUCAUGACAACGUUAGUAGUCCUGAUAGCUCAACUGGUUCUACAGACUCAAAGACUUAUUUACGAGGUCACAAUAUUCCAGUAGAUGCGCAAAUACUCCAAGAACGUGAAACACGACGACAAAAAGCCCUUGAGCUUCAGAGUGCAAUAAAGCAGCAGUUGGAAGAAAAAGAUAGACGCAGGAAAGAAGAGAAAGAGAGAAAGCUCAGAGAAGAGUUAGAGGAAGAAGAAAGAAUCAAAAGGGAAAGAGAUAAGGAAAAAUUGAGAUAUGAAGAAGAACAGAGAAAGCUCAAAGAAAAAGAAGAUGCUAAGUUGAAAAAAGAACAGGCCAUGAAGGAGAUCCUCGAAAUGGCAGAACGACGGGCUAAAGAGGAAAAGCGACAGCGUCGUCAACGAGACGAUUUUAAAAUCGUUGAUAAAGUCAAAAACCCUGAUAUAAUUACUGAUUGGAGAACUGAUGUAAGCAACAAAUCUUUCUCCGUCAAUGAAUUUUCUGAGGAUAAUCAUAAUCUAUACGGACAGACUAAGACUGAUAUCAAUGUUUCUUCUGAAUUUGAUGAUUUGCAAAUAAUUAAUGUUAAUAAUAAUAGCGAUGAUUACAGCAAUGUUAAUGAUAUAAAUCAUGAUAAUAAUAGUAAUAAUAUUUAUAAUAAUAAUUAUAAUGAUGAAUGUUAUCCAACCGAUACUACGGAAUCUUGUAAUAAAAAACAAGAGGAUGAAUUUGUUAAUGAAGAAGUACGUGAAAAUGUGAUGAGAUUAAAUAAAGAUGUAGCGAUUGUUUUAACGGGAAGACUUGAAGAUACUGACUUUCUAAGUAAAAACAAUGUUAAAUUAUUAAACUUAAUUGUUAAUUCAAGCACACAAUGUGAUAAUAAUUCAAUGGCUGUAAAUAAUAAUAAUAAUAAUAAUAAUAACAAUAAUAAUUUCAAUAAUUUAUUAAAAAGCUUAACUAAUUUGUCAUCAGGAAAAAAUACAUGUGUAGCAUCUUGUUCGCCAAGAAUUAUUGAAAAUCGUUUGUUAACUCCAAGUAAAUAUAGAGUGACAUAUGGAAGAGAUUUUGGUACACAAACAGACGCUGAAAAUGAUAGCAGUGAUUUAGGAAGUAAAGAUGCUUGCAGAGGAUCUAAAGAAAGUAUCAUAAAACGGGAUACUGAUAAAAAUAUGUCGCGAUCUAAGUCACAACCGCGGCAAAGUAUUGAGUCACGACCACGCUGGAAUGCCAAUAGGCCUGGGACGCGAUACAGAACGCAGAGCGAGAAGGAUCCCCAUUAUCAGAGACGUAUGAGAUUGAGGAGACGACGAGUGGAUUCGAGUGAUGAGAGAUCAAGGUCACCGUCACCUGACCGCAGGAAAAUGAGCACCAUUAAGUCGAAAAUUCGUAAUGCAAUCCAACGAAAAUCCAAAGCGGAUAAUUAUGAUGCAGACUUGUCAAUGGAUAGUUUGAAUUCAGCUGUACCAUUACGCGUUAAUGAACACGGACGAAUUAUUGUACAAAUGAACAAGUCUAAUAAUAAUUCACGUGUCAAAGAUGAUUUCAAAAGCGAUGAUGAAGAUAAAAGAAUAGAUUCAAAUACUAAAAAUAAAUUAAACUUGUGGUGUGAACAUGAAAUUCUUUCAGAGUUGGCUUCUUUAAAAAAUGGUUUAUUGGCGAAACAACGCGAAUGGGAAUCAGAAAGAUGUCUACUGUCACCGAACACUGAGUUUUAUUAG